GCGGCUGACUUUAUGCGACUCGGAGUCGCAGUGCGGCAGCUACCGCUACUGUUGCCAUCGCCACGCGCUCGAAGUGGGACAGAACGUAGUGACGGCAUCGACCCCCGUCUACUUUGGCGAAGCUGUCAAACACAGGCGGGUCACUGAUCGUCGCGUUCAAGUUCGUGACAUCGAGAGGAAUGGCGCUGUGACCGCUGUGAAGGGAGCGACGCAGUGCGGCAGUGACAAUGCAGCGAUUGGUGCAGCGGGUGGACACCAUGAGCUCCUACACAUCCGACUCGGCUGUCACCUCCAUCUACCGCCGCCAUUUCGGCGAGGCCCUCAAGUACCGGCCGAGCUACGAGAUGCCGGGCUACCGCGCGAGCUCGGCCUAUGGGGGGGCGCGCUCUGCCUCCGCCGCGUCCACCUACGGCGCGCCGCCGCGCCGCGCUGGCCACACGCGCUUCUCCGCCGGCUACUCCCUGGGCGCCUCUUCGUCCAUAGACACAGUGGACCUGUCGCAGGCCGAGAGCGUCGGCAGCGAGCUGCGGCAGGUGCGGCGGCACGAGAAGGAGCAGCUCCAGGGCCUCAACGACCGCUUCGCCGGCUUCAUCGAGCGUGUGCACGAGCUGGAGCAGCAGAACAAGGUUCUGGAGGCCGAGCUGAUGAUCCUGCGCCAGAAGGAGGAGAAGCCGUCCAACGUCAAGCGACUGUACGAGCAGGAGAUCGCCGAGCUGCGCGCCCUUGCCGAGGAGUGCCGCGGCGAGUGCGCCGGCGCCGGGGGUGCCCGCGAGCAGGCGGAGGCGGUGCUGGCGGCGAUACGUGCCAAGCACGAGGAGGAGCGCCGGCGGCGCGAGGAGUCGGAGGCGGCGCUGGACGAGGCGAGGAAGGCGGCGGACGAGGAGGCGGCGCGGCGCGCGGCCCUCGAGCAGAAGCUGGGCUCCCUGCUCGACGAGAUCGGCUUCCUGAAGCGCGUGCAGCGCGAGGAGAUCUCCGAGCUGCAGGCACAGAUCCAGAGCGCCCACAUCACCGUGGAGAUGGGCACGUCGCAGCCGGACCUCACGUCGGCGUUGCGGGAGAUCCGCUCGCAGUACGAGGUGCUCGCCGCCAAGAACAUGCAGGUGGCUGAGGAGUGGUUCAAGAGCAAGUUCACGGCGCUGUCGGACACGGCGAGCCGCAACACGGAGGCCAUGCACGUGACACGCGAGGAGCUCUCCGAGUUCCGUCGCCACGUGCAGCACCGCACGCUGGAGGCCGAGGCGCUCAAGGACAUCAUCGAGUCGCUGGAGAAGCAGAUCCAGGAGCACGACGCGCGGCACCAGGGGGAGAUCGAGGCCCUGCAGGAGGGCAUCGCCGAGCUGGAGACAGAGCUGCAGUCCGCCAAGAACGAGAUGUCGCGCUACCUGAGGGACUAUCAGGACCUCCUCAAUGUCAAGAUGGCGCUCGACAUCGAGAUCGCGGCCUACCGGAAACUGCUGGAGGGCGAGGAGUCCCGGUUGGUCACCGCCAAGUUGCCGGCGAUGCUCGUGAGCGGCGGCGGCGGCGGCGGCGGCUUCCUUCAGCAGUCCCGCCCGGCGCGCACCUCCAUGCAGAUGCCCUCCAAGUACCUGGGCCUCUACGACUUCUACGGAGGCUUCCCUCUCCGUGGCGACGAGGGCGGCGACAGCUUCGAGUCCUUCGUCUUCUCCAAGCGCAAGGGCAACUAGCCGCCGGCGUCACCGUUGGCGUCCGUGGGAGUACCGGCCCCUCGGUUACCCACGACCCUCCCCCCUCCGCACCGGGCGGGGCUUGCGUUUGGCGUUUCUGGCCGUGCCGGUCCGGCUCCGUCCCGGAUCUUGUCGUGUCGAGACCUCGCCGCGCCGAACCCCGAAAUACCUCCCACCCCCCCCCCCCCGCCCCCAUGCUCAAUGCCAACGUCGCUCGCGGUGCUCGUACGCUGCCUGGUGGUCCGCCACUCCACCCGUCCACACCCACAACCGUGCCAGGACCCCCAAAUUAGAGAGGGGAGGCACCCAAAAAUUACGAGAAUCUUCGUUCGUCAAUUGGCGAGCGAACGAUCCGGCGACUUCUGGUUCGCGUAACGAAAUACUCGUGGGGCUAGAGCAUCAUGCAGUUCACGACGCCAGUGUUCAGCCAUGCCCUCCACCGCCCGACAGAACCAAUGGAGUUGUCACAUGGGGAUAAUCAGCCGCCACCCCAUUUGGUUUGUUGGUAAAACCGGUGGGGGGGAGGAGGAAGAUCGAAAAGCGAGCAAACUCGGUGUACGUGUGCAGCCUACACGUACAACGACAUCUGUAUAUUACAGUGAUGGAAAUAA